AUGAGAGAGAAGGACGAGCUACACAGGGACAAAGAGGGACAACAGAAGAGACAGAUAGAGAGCGAAGAGGAGACAGCGAGAAGGCACAGAGGAAGAAGAGAGGCAGGGUUGAUGGAGAUGUAGACAUGGUGUUGAGUGUGUGAUUGAGCAGGAUGAGCAGGUAUGGAGCUAAUGAAGCGAAGGACAUAGAAGAGGAGACAAGGAUGGCGGGAGGAUGCAGGAGGUCGUCUCUUUCCGCACGGACAAUGGAGUAGUUUGACUCGUCGUCCGCUGGAAGAAGAGCCAAUAAAAUGUGUCUCCUGGAUGGUUUUACCUUUUUUACGAGCUCUUGAUGUAUCAAGUACAAUGAUAGAACUAUAGCUAAAGAAACUAAUGGAACAAUGCUGAUCCAUGAAAUAGUGCACAGACAGCGCGUCGCUCCUCGUGCUUCACCAUCACAGCGAAGCUUUGUGUUCCUGAAAGUAGCGAUUCUGCACAGAAGCUGCUUUGAAACAGCGAAAGGACAAAUGAAGACCGGCGGCCGUUCACGUUGUAUCAAUUGGAAACUGAUCGACUGAUCACUGUCUGGGUGUCUGGGGCCUGUGGAAGCAGCAAGACAUAAUAUUUUUUACAGCUAUUGAAAGAACAGGAGUGUUUUCGCUGAGUCGGGGACCUUGGACUUUACACACACAACAGGAAUGUUUUUAAAGACUGAUGCACCGACAACCUCUCCUCCCACACUUUCACCGGGAACGUCUCCUUAAUUCAUGUCUUCACGCUGGCGAUAGGCGUAUAAAGAUGUGCUCCCAUAUCUAAGCGUCUCUAUUAAAGGCAUAGAUCACUCAUUUUAAGACAAAAUGUCUUUUCAAAGCAUUUUAACCUAUAUUUCUGUAGAUUAACUUGAAGUUUACAGACACACUACACACCUACAGUAAAGGGCAAAGUUCAAUAAUUAAAGGAUUCUUUGCCCUGACAGUCCAUCCUGAGGGUACAUUUUCCACUAGGGGUGUCUCUUAAGGGAAUUCUUUAUUUGAAACCUUUUAAGAAAUAUGCAUUGGACAUGUUUUUAAGGCAAAAUUCUCAAUGGGAUCCACAGGUUUAAUUGUUUUGUAGUUAUUAAAAUUAUUUCUGGACGUUUUUUAAAAAUAAUGUUUAUAACGACUUUAAAGUUAUACCUCCUCUAAGGACUCUUGAAAAUGUUUUAACCAAAGAGACAUUUUUACUUAAAUCCAUCAAGGAGUCAGUCUUUAUGGACUUCUAUUCCUCACAAAUGCCUCUUUAUCCGCACGGCCAGAUUGUAGCCGUGUGAUCCGGUAAUAGAGAUGUAAGAUGGAGGUGUGGCUAAACAAAGACAUUGCGUUAUAUCAUGUCACACUGUGUGUAAUUUCCAUCGGUCGUCUCCAUCCGUUAAUAUAAGCAAGCAGAGCAGAAGUGCAGCAGCAUGGGACUUAGCUGCUUUAAGUCCUGGAAACAUGACAGUACAGGCCACAAAGGUAACAGAGAUGUGUUGGCCAGCCCAGGCUCCUAUUUCUUCCUAUCCAACAGCGCCGGUCAGGGCGACGAGUGGCUGAAGAGCCUCAACAAGGGAGUCUGGAUCCCUUUUACAGGCGUCUUUGGGCAGCGCCUGGAAGAGACGGUACUCUAUGAACGGCGUUACGGGAUGCGCUUGAUUCCUCUGGUGGUGGAGCAGUGUGUGAACUUCAUCCGGGAGCGCGGCCUGCAUGAGGUGGGCUUGUUUCGCCAGCCGGGACAGACCAGUCAGGUCAGGGAGCUGCAGGAGGCUUUUGAUGCAGGGGAGAGGCCAUCGUUUGACAGCAGCACAGACGUCCACACCGUGGCGUCGCUGCUCAAGCUCUACCUCAGACAGCUGCCGGAGCCUCUGGUUCCUUACAGCCACUACCAAGACUUCUUGCUCUGUGCACAGAAGCUGAGGAGUGACCACUCACUGGGUUUAGGGGAACUAAGGAAUUUACUUCAUGAGCUGCCAGUGGCGAACUUCAAUCUACUCAACGUCAUCUGCCAGUUUCUGAACGAGGUCCAGAGUUUCUCUGACAGUAACAAGAUGAGUGAUCAGAACCUAGCCACCGUGUUUGGGCCCAACAUCCUCCGAGCCAAAGCUGAAGAUCCACAGAGCAUCAUGGGAGGUGCAGUUUUAGUCCACGUGCUGAUGUUGGCACUGAUCAGAGACCACGAGUCUCUGUUCACCAGAAUCCCCUCAGCCAUCUCAGCCUGUCCACCUGGAGCUUUGCGUGCAUCCCCCGGCCCCCUGAGGCAGCCGCAUCUUCACCCGUUGCCCUGCCUUCGCCAGCUUUCUCUGCCUGUCAUUUCACAGUCAUCCAGAGACGCAGGACAAGCCAGCACAGACAAUCCCAGCCAUAUUUCCUGUGCUGUUGUCAAAGCCGACUUGUCUUCUGGUCAGAAGAGGCGCCUCGGCCAUCGCUACACCUCCUCCCAUCCAGAGAACUGCUUCUACCCCCUGCCUUCCUCCAGUCAGCCUCCUCAACACAACAUGACGGAUCGUCAUCCUGGCCAAGGCCCAUCUUCUGCAAAUUUCCAAACGUCUACAAUCCAUCCACAAGACCCAUUGCCUGACAACACUAAAUCCAUGUCCAUGCUCAUGGACUGGACAGAGGCCUGGCCAGAGCCGGGAGAGCCAGGCACUGGGUUGUGGAGUUCUGGUGCUGCAGAAGAAGGCGCCAGUGGGAAUAGCAGCGAGGUUCAGGAGGAAAGCACGCCCUCUGCCUAUGACAACCUAGACAGGGUGUCUUUAUGUCAGAUGAUAGGGGAUGAUGCAGGCGGACACUUUGACAUUUGUGAUCAAAUUGAAACUCAGCCUGAAGAAAAGCCAGAUGUAGAGGAAGAGGCGCAGACGAAGGAGUCCUCCUCUUCAUGGUCCUCCUGUGAGGUUCUCCCCUUGGAUGAGAAAAAUUCUAUAGAGGAGGUUCAGGUUAGAGGAAGUUCGAGUCAGAUAGAGGAAGAGGAAAACACUGAAAAUGAUGAUCAUGAAGACAGUAAAUAUGACAGUGAUCAUAAUGACAUAGAUGACGCUGAUGGUGUCCACCACCCAAAUUCCCCAGCCGCCUGCUCUGCACGCAGUGGCAGCCCUCUCAGUACAGGAAGCUCAGAAGUGUUCCUCCCAUCGGGACCUUCAGAUUGUCAGAGGGAUGAGGCGCAACCCAGAGAUGCUCAGUCUCUGCUGUUUGACCUGAGGCAGCAGAUGAUCAAGCAGAAAAUGCAAUAUCAAGCCAGAAUACAGAGGCUGGAGCGCUGUAAUGAUGUCCUGGAGAGGCAGGUGGCGAUGCUGCAGGUGAGUCUGGAGCAACAGAAGCGAAGCCAAAGCGUAGCCGAGAUCAAGAUCCGCAACGUGGAGCAAGCCAAAGCCGACGCCGACCGCCGAAACACCACGCUGCAGAGGGAGAUGGAGAUGUUCUUCCAGAUGUAUGGGGAGAUCAAAAGAAGAGGAGAGGAGAGAGGGAGGGGAGGAGGGAGUCUGUAAAGACAGAAAACAUGUCUGAAAGAAAACGUUCAGGGAAAACAACAAUAACUGUCAGGUCCAGAAGACAAUCCAAAUAUAAAUAGAGUUUCCAGAACAUGACUACAAAGUUUGAGCAGCAAAUUUGUAUUGUCUUUGGUAGGUUUAUCACCGGUGCACUAAAUACCUGGACUUUCCCUUUCUAGCUCCACUGCCUUUUUAAACAGUUCCCAACUCAACAAACCAAAUGUUGAAUCCAGUGGGUUUGAGUUUCUACAGUAUGUGCCCACUAUAUACUAUACUGACAAAUCGGAUGUAUUUUAAAAGCAGCAUGCAGGACAGUAGAGAGAAAAGAACCUAUCCACUGAAUAAAAUGUAGACCCAGAUGUUUAAAACACAAUGUGCCAAAAAGCCAUUCAAAACCUGUGUGACAAAUUUUUCCUUCUGUGGAAUCAUAGUUCAGUGACAUUAGGUUUUAGAGAGCAGACAUACCAUCUUCCAGGGGUAUGUGAGGGGCGUAGGCCUUGGUUCUGUACAUACUUAUUGCAGAUGACCCCUUUGAAUCACAUGGAGAUGACGCAUGACAACAUUUUUAUAAACUCGUAUUACUUCACACACUUUGCAUUUCCUGCAAGUGAACAUGCAUGCGUCCAAUGCUGCCGAUGACAAGGUCACAGAUGAUCAGCUGUGACUGUCUCACGCUGGGUUAGUCGAUAAUUUGCAUAAAAAUACAUUUAACAUGUACCUAAUUUUGUACUGUAACUGCCUGUUCUAAAGAAUAAACUCAUGAACAGUAACCCAGUGAUGGACUGAUGCCCUUUUAAAGCAUUUAUUACUACAAACAGAUGAAUUUCUACUGUUCUGCUUUCACAAGCUCUGAAUGAUGCAAUCUGUAAAAUGACUUUUCCCUAUCAGAAAUAAAACACUGACUCUU